CUACAAAUGAAUCUAACACAUUAUCAUCACAACUUGGUUUGCUUAAUUUCAAUUCUUCAAAGCAAUUAGAAAAAAUUAGCCAAAGACUAUGGAGAAGUUAACUGUCGUGGUUGCUUUCUUGCUUCUAACAUCACUCUUUCAACCUCUCACUGCUCGAAAUUUGGAAAUUGAUGUCUUUCAACUUGAUGUUUCUCAGUCUGGUUGCCCAGGAGUGACAAAGGACACAUGGCCAGAACUUCUUGGUGUACCAGCUAAACUUGCAAGGGAAACAAUCCAAAAGGAAAAUCCAAGAUUAACUAAUAUUCCAAAUGUGUUGAAUGGUUCUCCAGUGACAGAAGAUUUUAGAUGUGAUCGAGUUCGUCUUUUUGUUAAUGUGUUGGACUUUGUCGUACAAACUCCCCGAGUAACUUAAUUAAAGGGGAAAUUUUUUUUAAAGGGGAAAUAUUUUUUACCCACAUCUAAUGUUUAAGUAGAUCUAUUAGGUAGCCCCAAGAAAAUAAAUUGGAGCUGUAUGGUUAAUGUAUCCAAUGUAUUCCACCAUUUGGUGAUAAAUAAAUGUUGUCUUAUUAAUAUA